CAGUGAGCAACAACAAGUUGGUAUAAUAAUGGUGGAGUUAAAUAUUUUAGCGGAAAAUCUUAUUAAAAUUGAAGAGGUGAAAGAUGAACCAGUUGAAAUAAACGAAGAGUAUUCCUGGAGUUUGAAUAAUCCUCCUGCAGAAUGCACUGAAACUUCUGAUGUUGCUUCGUUAGAACAGGAGAAAGGUAUACGUUCCCAAGAUGGUGAAAUGAAUAAUUUUGAAUGCUCCGCUUGCAAGAAGGUCUUCACUCAAAAGCGAACCUUAUUUAAGCACAUGCGCAUGCAUUCGAGUCAAAAC